AUGAUAAAGCAGAAAAUACGUUCUCUCUCUCUUUCGUCCUGGUAUGACAGUAUUCUCGCUCGAGAUGAUCUGUUCUUUCUUUCUUUCUUUCUUUCUUUCUUUCUUUCUUUUCACUUUCGUCCUUCGUUUAAGGGCUUGAUGCCGGUUGAAACUGCUUUCUUUCUCUUCGAUAUAUCGGCGUUUCGCGUACGUCGUCAAGCGGGUCCAUCUAUCCAACUCGGAGACCAAUUCUCCUCGCACUUUUUGCGAACACAUCUGAUCAGUCUUUUCUCUCUGAACAUUCAUAUAUGUAUCUUUCUUUCUCACGCCUUCUUUUACCCUCUUUUUCUCUUUCUGUCUCUCUUCCUCUCACAACGCGCACCCGACCGCUUAAUCUAUCUAUCUAUCUAUCUAUCUAUCUAUCUAUCUAUCUAUCUAUCUAUCUUAGUCUCUUCAUUUCUAUCUAUCUAUCUAUCUAUGUCAGUAUCUACAUUUCUUUCUUUCUAUGUCAGUAUCUACAUUUUCUAUCUAUCUAUCUAUCUAUCUAUCUAUCUAUCUAUCUAUCUAUCUAUCUAUCUAUGUCAGUAUCUACAUUUCUUUCUAUCUAUCUAUCUAUCUAUCUAUCUAUCUAUCUAUCUAUCUAUCUUAGUCUCUUCAUUUCUAUCUAUCUAUCUAUCUAUGUCAGUAUCUACAUUUCUUUCUUUCUAUCUAUGUCAGUAUCUACAUUUUCUAUCUAUCUAUCUAUCUAUCUAUGUCAAAAGUAAAUGCGUACAUGUUUACGUAAACCAAAACAAAUCAUGUCACAUGCGUAUACAAUCGCCAAAAUACAAACGAACAACAUUCUCUCUCUCUCUCUCUCUCUCUCUCUCUCUCUCUCUCUCUAUCUUUCUUUCUCUCUUUCUCACUUCUAUCCGCUUCCCCCAUUAUUUCUCCUCGUCUUUCAUUGUCACUUUCUCUUUCAUUUAA